AUUAACUAACCUCAUGGAUUGUCGAUGUAGUUAUUUUUAUUCUCUUACAUGUAUAGGAGGCUGAAAUAUUUUCUCUUUUCUUACGACACUACAGCCUAGGGUUUGGGAUUGAUUGAAUCGAGAUCAAUGGAAACUGAAAAGAGAUUUUGGGAAGAAUGGUCGGAUGAUACAGAGACAUCCGAAGAUGAAAUCGAGGUGUUCAGUUUGGUUAAACUCUUCGGUUACGACAAAAAUCUACCCCCUAUACUUACACCAGGAUUUCGAGCGACGGAUACAGAUGAUGAUUCCGACAGCGAUCAAGAUAUGACUGAUGAGGAAUACCGCCUUUAUUCCGAACAAGUUGACAAGAGCGGUGGUUUUGAUGUUGGAUUCAUACCUGGAGUCAACAUGUUGGGUCAAAUUUUUCCAAUGGAUAUAGAAGACAAGAGAUUCUUCGAUUAUGACUUCGGUUCACAGCUUGCAGUUGACGAAUACAGACUUCGUUUCAAGGACGAAAAGAGAGAGCUGGAGUUUGUGAAGGUUUUGAAGGUGAUGUCUCAGGUUGCCAAUGCCGUCAGAUUCUACAUAACCUUCGAGGCCAAGGAUCUUGCUGAUGGAGACAAGAUUAAGAUAUAUCAAGCUGUGGUGUUACUGGAGGUUGGAACUAAGAUCACUGUGAAAUCUUUUAGGCUCAAACCUCCUGAGGACGGACAAGGUACAGGCAAUCUUGGGAAAGAAUGGUUCUGGGAAGGUCACCUAAGCCACGGUAACAAGCCGGUCACGGUCACUCAAGAGGUGCCGAAAUCUUAGUUUGGCAUAUCUCGGUUGAUACAAAGGUGGUCAUAGAGUUGUCCACUACCAGUCAUGCUUUUGGGGGACACUCGGCAAGCGUCCCGUGUUUUGGUUGAGUCGUUUGUUAAGUGGUCAAACUCAUAGUUUGUUAAACUCGUCUUGAACUAAUGUUGUUAAGUGCUUGUGAUCUCAAGUUUGUAUUUAUGUUGGAAACUCCGUUUAUGAGUAGUAACUUAUGUUUGAUGAUUCA